AGACGUGCUCAGCCAGGCCCUCCUCGGUGGGCACCACCCGCCCUGAGUGAGGUCGCGGACUAGGAGAGUCAGGAGUGGCCCUUCCAGCUGUGGGCGUCAGCCCCCCUCACUCCUGCUGCUGUCCCAUCCUCACCAUAGUGCCCCAGUGUCCUCCUUCUUCCGAACACAGCCUGCCACCUCCCUCCGGCUCUUCCUUCAGCCUUAUUCAUCAGGCUUCUGCACUUGGGAUCUCGAUGCCUCCUCUCUGCCCUGCAGUUGGCCCCAUUGGAAAGACCCAGGGGCUCUAUGUGCUGGCUCUAAUGCUGGUUCUCCACUGCUAAAGUGUGACCUUUAUAAUAAUUUCACAUCUCAGACUUUCCUCAUCUCUGACAUGAAGGUGACAUCCUCUCACCCAGGGUCAGGGGAGAUAUCAUGGGUAAACCUGGUUUGAUGUCUCUGCUAUCCACCCCAACCAGAAGAAGAUGAGCACCUUCACGGAGGUCCCCUACUCCAGGCUGUACUCGGUGGAUAUGUCCCACAUAGGACCUGGGACCUAUGGCUGCAAGAGCACCUGCUUCAGCAAGAAAAAGCUGAAGAAGGAGAUGGGCACAGGCUGGGCCAAGGCCCAGGAAGCCACCAGGCUGACCCAGAUGCCUCACUUCCAGUACCAGACCAUCAUGAAACAGAAGAGGCUGCAGAAGGAAAAGCUGGGGCCUGGCUCCUACAACUUCAAAGACUUCUUAGAACAGCUGCAGCAGAAACCGUGCAGCACCCGGGGGCUGCUCAGCUCUGGGGAGGUCCGCUUCCGAGGACCCAUUGGGAACUACUACCCAGGCCCUGGAAAUUAUGGCGAGAAGGGCAACCCAUACACGAAGCUGGAGGAGAAGGCCUGGAACCGGUCUCAUUCCGAGGACCUCCUGUUCAGGAUGACCAACAAGCCACCCUCCUUGGUUCAUCAGGGCAGUGGUCUGGCACCAUGCACCUACACCCUCAAAAGCGGCAUAGAGGCCUGCCUGGAACGAUCCACGGGCACCCGAGGCCCCUAUGACAUUUUCACUGGUGAUCGAAGCAAGCCCCAGCCAUAUGGACACUACUCCAUGCAGAAAAAAAAGCCCAGGGAACUGGUGGAUUUUAAGAGCUUCGUGGAAGAACUUAACUCCCCUCACUAUAAGAAGCAUGGGGUGUUUUCGAAGCUUUCCCGCUACCCGACAACCCCUACAGAGAAGAUUUACUGGUGCACCCUCAGCCAGUGUCCUGGAAGACUAGGUCCCAGUAUGUGGAUGCCUCCGGAGAAGAAGUGCAUACACACCAACCAGCCGCCAUUCCUGCUGUCCUCCAAGCGGACAGGCUUGCGGGUCUACCAGAUGCUCCUGGGAAGCUGGAACCCUGUGGGUGUGGGCCGCUACUUCAACACCUGGCCGGUGGAGACGAAGGACCAAAGGCAGCGAUACCGGUCCCUGUUCUUGGGAGGAUCCAAGCGCUACCUCUCAGACCUGAACUGGGACAAGUUCAUGCAGGAAAGGCUUACACCUUUUACUAAGGGGAAGUGCCCUCCAACUGUGGAUUACAAUUCAGAUCCUACUCCUUAAAGCCACGCAUGGAGGACAGCCAGCGGUGGCCAGAGGGCCCAAAGGACUGCGGACAAAUCUGGGGACGGGAGAGUAGAAGAGGGAAUGGAGGGGUCUUGGAGAAAGGACACACGGGAACGCAUGGGAGGAAGAGAGGUGUGGGGAUAUGCCGGGAUCACUUUUACUGGAGUCAUCUACCUGGAGGUCGUGGUGUCUGCUGGAACACCUGGAGCCAGAUACCUUUUGCUACGAGAGAGAGCAGUUAUUCUGAGAAUUCAAGUUGGCCAGUGACGUGAACACGGGAGCCAGACAGCAGAUGGACCAAAAGGGUGAAACAUGGUGGACACUUUUGGGACCCUUCCAAUCUAAGGUCAAAGUCCCUGGCUCCUUGUUCAUUAAAAUCCAAAAGGAGG